CUCCUGCUGCUGCUGCUUGGUGGCACUGAUCACCCCUCAUACAGGGCUGCUUUGUUGUGAAUAGCCUACAGCAGAGGCACCGCACUGGCACGUACAACCAGAAGGUUAUGAGGAGGUUAUUUCCACUCAGACUGCAGCAGGAUUCAUUCAUCACUGCAAGGAAAACCUGCUGGCCUGCUGCAGCAACAGUGAAACGGCUCACCUGAGAGCGCAGAGAGAAACGCUUCAAGUGUGCGUUUUUGCACGCUGAACGUUUUUGCACGGCUCUUUUGUUUUUCUCCGUCUCUGCUGCAUCAAAGACAGAGAUAGCACGGCGAUACGAGGAUCCAUGAGAGACGCUUUGAAUAGGAUACCGCCUCAGUAUCACGGUUGUGUGGGGGUGCAGCCAUGGAUGCUGGGAAGCUGGAGCAGCAGGUGGCCAGUGUGGAGAGAGGCAUCACCUUCCUGAAGCAGGAGCACCUGGCCAUGCUGACGGGUCUGCAGCUGGAGAUCACACACCUGAAGAGGCGCUGUCAUGAACUAAGCUGUGAGCUGGACUCCAGGUUUCCUGACAGAAGCACAGAAGAGCAGGAAGCAGAUCUGGCAGCACGCUUUGAUGCUGCAGAGCUUCUCCUAGAGGAUCAACAGUGCAUUAUGGUCGCUGCACGCGGCGAGCUGCGGGCCGGCCGGGCACGGGCAUCAGCUCUGGGAAGGAGCCUCAGGGAAGAAGAGCGGCACUUCUUGGAGGAACUGAAACGCCGCAGCCACAAGAUCACGCUGCUGAGUCGCGAGCUGCAACGCCAAAAUGUCACCACGACGACCCUCUGCCACGAGCUCCACGCCGCACGCUUAAAACUGUUCCAGCAGCGACAGAGCACAGAGUCUGGUGCAGAGGGAGAGGAGCAGCCCAGAGGAAAGGAGGAAGAAGAAGAAGAGGAUGAUGAUGAAGAAGAAGGUGAGGAUGAUGAAGAUUAUGAAGGGGAGGGCUCAGAUUGGCUUCUGUCUCCACCUCCUCCAGCCUCUCCCAGCCAACCAGAAGCGAGACACAAGAGGCGUGUCAGCGUGAGGGAGGAGAGGGUCAGAGCUUGUGUCCCCCAGGAGAGGGUGACAUCACCGCAGCGGCCACACCCCAUGCCUGACCCCGCCCUCUUCUUGGUGCCGCUUAGGUACCGCCUCCUUCGCUUGAACCAACCAAUCAGAACACAGGAUGGAGAGGGGCUGGAGGACGAGUGGGAGGAUAUAGAGGACAGCAGGGUGCACAGGAGGGUGGACAUGGGAGCAGGAGAGGGAGAAACUGCUCUGUGAUGAAGAUAUAAAAGACAAAGUUGUCUUCCAGCAGGUCUCGGCCACGAUCAACCAACAUCAGUUAUUCUAGAAAAGGCUCAAGACGAGAGAGAGAUGUAACCUUGUGAUUGUCUGUAGAUUUCAGGAAGUGAGUUAGAUAUUUAGAAGUUAGCUGCACAAGAGCGCGUGAUCAAACCUACACAACAACAUAUUACACAUUGAUGGUACAACGAUGGUCAAUGUGCUUUGAAAAUGUGAAGUGGGUUUAAAAAAAAGACUGAGUAGUGGUACUGUUUCAUAUGGAUGCCUUUUGAUUUUAACACUGAUGAUCACGGCUUUUGCCUGUAAUUAGUAGCCUUGCCUCGUCGUCUGUGAACACUUUUACACCGUGCUGUUCAACGUGGCAACCUGCUUUACCACUGCACUAGCUGCAUUCCAGGUUUCGGAAAGUCACUCUAGAAGGCUUGGGGACAUUUUGUAUGAUUUGCACUUUAUUAAAUUCAUGCAAUGUGCCUAGUAAUGGCAGAGAAGUA